CACGUUGAGAUAAAGAACCAUGAGGAGGAUUCAUUCAAGCCUGAAACUUAUGGCAGGGCCAUAAUAGUCGAGCGGAGGAUAUCAGAAUCUGCUAGUUCUAUCAUUUUAAAGAAUCACCAAGAUUGAUGUUGAAAAUCCCUGUGUGAUAAUGAGUCAAGACAAAAGCAGGGAAUUUUUGCACUCAGGAAACGACCGUGACAAGUUCAAGUUCUUUUUCAAGGCUACUCUUCUUCAACAAGUGGAGGAUCUUUUGAAGGGUAUUGAGACCCACAUAGGCAAUGCAGACAGUCUAAUUGAUGAGCUGGAGAAGUUAAUUAGCCCAAUUCUCAGAGAACUUCAGGAACUACAGGCCAAGAUAAAAAGCAUGGAGCACAUAGAAGAGAUAUCACUUCAGGUAGAGGUGCUAAGAAAGAAACUUGCUUGGUCGUGGGUUUAUAAUGUAGACACUCAAUUGCAAGAAAAAAGUGAGCUGAUUAAGAAACUACAAGGGCGGAUUCCUUUGUGUCAAUCCAGAAUAGAUCAGUGCCUGGCAAAGAAGAAGAGUCUCUUCAUCUCUUCAUGCCGCUUCACGAAAUGGAGCAAUCAACUGCAAGUCCGAAAUUUGGAGUCUGGAUUUGGAGAAGAAAAAGAAGAAAUGAGAAAAGCAGUCUUCUUCCCCAUUCUUUCUCCCUGCGAGUUAAGCCUUCUUCCAUGUCCCCUCUCCGUUUCUAUUAUCAAAUCCACACAAAAGUUAAACAUCAAAUCUUUCCAAAUGCAUGUUAAACACCAAAUUGAUCUAGAGCUAAGGGACGACGAUGGCUAUCGACCUUCAAGAUAUCUUAACUCUUGGACGGCUACAAAAGGGGUGGAGAAAACUGGAAAAGGAUUGAUGAGUUGAAUGAACAAAUAACCAAGAAGAAAGCACAAAUUGCAGCAUUAAUGGAGAAGACACUAGAAUUUAGAUCCAAGAAGGAUGAUCUGAAGCACAAUAUUUCAUUGGCUACAAAAGAUAAGCUUGGUUUGGAAGAAGAUUAUGGACGCAAAAUCAAUUACAUUCAGAAAUUAGAGAAACGACAAAAGCUGCUCGACAAACAAAUUCAUGAUACUCAAGAGCAACACAUUAGAAAUACUCAGGUUUUCUCGAGGUUCUGUUCAAACAAUUCUUCCUCCAAUGAAGAAUGGUAGAAGUGGACGUCUUUGUGGCUCAUUUGACAGUGACAUAGAGAGUCUUGAAAAGGAUGCAUCUUAUUUCCAAGAUCUUGAUGAAAAAUCUAAGAGUGUGAAGAGGAAACUCGAGGAAGAGCUUAGAAGUCUUAACGAAAACAUGCAAAGUGUUAAGAAUAAUCUACCUUGAAGCUUCAGUGGUCCCUCACUGUUGGGAGGGGGAGGAUACACACUCAAGUGACUCAACAACAUUAACAACCCAGUAGAAUUCCACAAAAGUAGGGUAUGGGGAUUGGGG